CGUUAAUUCCGCACAGGGUGAACACGUUGAGAAAUGACGUAAAUAUUAUGUCGAAAAUUAAUACAAAAUUAAUGUCCAUAACAUUUCCAGGUAACGAUCAUCGCGAUCUGAGACAUUCGCGUCUUCUCGUCUCAUUCGGCGAGCACCGAAUUACCGCGAAACCAUGGUGCAUUCUGGGAAAAGCUGCCAACCGGCAUCGUGUUCGGCCGUAUGACGACGGCAAGAUCGCCCAGAGACGUGUCCGAUGGAGCUCGGGAUGAGUAUUGUUGGGGUAGAUCCUCGUCCCAGAGUCAAAUUCGCCAAUUCCGUAAUUCUGAAAGGCCCGUUGGCAUUUCCGCGCGAAGUUGCAUUUUGUAACGUCGGUUGCCGUAAUUGAGAGAUAUCGGCGCGAUCUCGCGCGAAAUCGAGAAACACGCAGAGUGUGCGACAAGUGUAACAGUUCGGGUGCGACGAGUGCGACGAGGAUGUGACGUGUGACUCGGCUUUGACUCGCCGGUGACGACGACGAAGAAGGCGAUCGCCGCAGAGGACGUGAACGAAGGUGCGAAGGAUCUGGCCGGUAACGGCGGCGAGCUGCACCGAGCGGCGGUGACGUCAAUGCACAUUUGCGCGCGGAUCUUCGCGUGGGCAUGGGAUCUACUCGUCGGUAGCACCACGUACCCGAUGCAGCAGUCUGUGGGAAUAGAAGUGCGAGUGACCAAUGAGAUCCCCCUUGUCUCGGCAGAAACGAGCGACGUGCAAGACACAGCACCGCCAUGGACCACCACGUCGGUCCCAUGUCGUACCAACCCGCCUACCCCGACAAAUCCGCACUCGCAAUACUUAUCGCCUCACGUCCUCCACGGCCGGAACUCACUAUGUUCCGCGAACGAUUACUCGCGCCGAAGACGACCUAUGACACUACGCAUCGGUCCUCGUCUCAGUCUUCCCAGCAGGAGCACGUCCGCGCCGACGACAACGACAGACGGGGAAUGGCGUACACUUGGGUGGAACGGAUUAACAUUAAAGGCCAAACUAGUAAGAUUAGCAAAAGACCAACAAUUGCAAAUAAGACCGGAAAAUGAAAAACCAUAUUGGACAUAA